GAUAAGUCGUCCUGGGUGCUGCGGUGGGCUCGGCGCGCUGCUGGUGCUGAAAGGCCGCCCUUGAUGGCGGAUAGCGGCAGUAGAUUGGCGGCCUGUUGGUGCUGCUGUAGGGGGCUGGCUGAGGCGCUGUGGCUGCCAGUGACUCCCCCGUGUGGGCGGCGGGCGGCGAGCCCUGACCGUGUUGCCACGGACUCGCCAUUCCCAGCCCUUGUCGAGCGACCGACCCGCCGGCAGUGUGGCCCUUGUUGGCCGAUGAAGGCCCGCCCUGCGUCUUGCGGCACCAGGUGGUGCCGCCCUGCAGGUAGUGGAGCGGGCACUUCUCGAAGCCGCAAGAGGCCAU